AUGUUGGAAUCGAAGGUGUUAUUGAACUCAAACGGUUUUAGAGCAAAACUGGUGAAAUCCAUAGCAUCUCGAUCCGGCGGAAUCACCUGCUCUGCUUCGUCUUCUCCGGCGACUCUCCCCUCCGCUCUUCUCUUCGAUUGCGGAGGAGUGCUUGUUGAUAUCGAGAAGGACGGUCACAGGAUCUCCUUCAACGAGUUUCGGAUGACUGCGUAUUUUAACAAGAUUGGAUGGCCAGAGAAAGCUCCCAAGGAAGAAGCAGAGAGGAAAGUGUUCAUAGCUGGGCUUCACAAGCAAAAAACUGAGCUUUUCAUGGUUCUGAUCGAGAAAAAGCUUCUUCCGCUUCGACCCGGUGUUGCCAAGUUAGGGUCACUUGUUUUGCUCAAACUCUAA